UGUUUUCACAUUCAAUUAAACAACCUCAGCAAUUGACAUUAGAUGUAAACAAUCAGCUCUUUCCGAUCACACUCAAUGCAAGAGAUAACCAGAGUGAGCGGGAUGAACUGUUUGUUUACAUGUUAUGUUAGCCCUUAACAAUAAUUGUUCAAUUAUUUUUUUCUGAUUUUGAAGUUUUCCAGUAACUUGGAGAAAACUUUGUAAGUAAAUGCCCAAAAGUAAUCGUUUAUCAAAAUUGACCUUAUAAAAAUACCUGAAAUUAUAGGCAGAAACUGGCGAGCCCUGAUUGGCGAUGUUUUCGUUCCCGAAAAUCGUACCGGCGGCUUCCGGACGGAUGUCAGGCUUGAAAUUCCAGAUCAUUAAGCUUGGCAAUCGGCACCUACAGCAGAAUCAGGCAGGGGCAGCUGUUAGACGGCAGUUUUCCCACUCCCGGCAGGUGCGCUGCAGCGUUGAGAUCCUAGAGCUGGAUGAAUUUGAAAUCCUGCACCGCCUUGUCCUGAUUCCGGACCCGAAUAUUAUGGUGGCGGCGCUGAAGGACUGUCGCCGGCUGAACGAUUACGCGUUGGCGAUUCGUUUUCUGGAAGCGGCCAAGGACCGCUGCGGGGACCAGGUGAGCACCAUCUAUCCGUACCUGCUGCAGGAGCUGCGGCCAAAGUUGUGCGAGCUGGGCAUCGAGGAGCUGGGCUACGACAAGCCGGAACUGGCUAUAACCCUGGGUAUGGAGAAGUAGGAGUUGGAGUUGUUUUUCUGGAGUUGUUCUCUUCUAUCAACGAACAGGUAAACAUCCCGAUUCCCGAAUAAUUGUUGGUCCAUUAGCAGAUUGCGCGCACUGACACCGUCCAGAGAGAUUUGCAGGCACAAGUUGCGGUAAAACAAGCCCAGGAGGUCUUUGCGCUGAUUUCCUUGCAUGGCCGGGAUGUUGCGUUACCCACGAACGUGUGAUCUGAAA